AAUUGGCAAAAUUUCGCAUCGACAAAAGACCUGUCUGUCGCUCCCCCUGAAUUCGCGGCUUGUAAUGAGCCCCUAAAGUUGUCCGGUUCCGAUCGGAAAUUUCCACAAUUUCUCCGAAAUCCUUCGUCACUCUCUCGCUCUCUCUCUCCCCUUGUCCUCCGAUUUUGCGCCGGUUGUGGAUUUCCUGUGGGGGGGGGGUGGGCGGCGGGGCGGUGGUGGUGGCGGUGGCGGGUCUCCUAGGGCUUGCGGGAAGCGGCGAUGAGCUUUCAGGAUCUCGAAGGCGGCCGCGGGUCGGGAUCGAGGCGGGAGGUCGUCAACGGCCGGCAGGACCCCACGCAGGCCGUCGUCUCCGGCGUCUUCCAGAUCAACACCGCCGUCAACACCUUCCAGCGCCUCGUCAACACCCUCGGCACCCCCAAGGACACCCCCGAGCUCCGCGAGAAGCUGCGCAAAACGAGGCUACAUAUUGGACAAUUGGUGAAGGAUACAUCAGCUAAGCUUAAAGAAGCGAGUGAAACAGAUCAUCAUGCUGGAGUAAGCCCCAGCAAGAAGAUCGCAGAUGCCAAACUGGCAAAAGAUUUUCAGGCAGUUCUUAAAGAGUUUCAGAAGGCUCAACGGCUUGCAGCAGAGAGAGAAACAGCAUAUGCGCCGUUUGUUCCCCAGGCAGUACUUCCUUCGAGCUAUACUGCCAGCGAGAUUGAUGCCAGUUCAGAUAGCAGUCCAGAACAGCGGGCCCUUCUAGUUGAAUCCAGAAGACAAGAAGUCCUGCUUUUGGAUAAUGAGAUCGCCUUCAAUGAGGCUAUUAUUGAGGAAAGAGAACAGGGAAUCCAAGAAAUCCAGAACCAAAUUGGCGAGGUGAAUGACAUUUUUAAAGAUCUUGCUGUCUUGGUUCAUGAGCAAGGGACCGUGAUUGAUGAUAUUAGCUCCCACGUUGAUAAUGCUCAGGCUGCAACUUCUCAGGGAAAGACCCUACUUGCAAAAGCGGCGAAGACUCAACGGUCAAAUUCAUCUCUGGCUUGUUUGCUUCUGGUGAUAUUUGGGAUUGUGCUUCUCAUUGUGAUCAUAGUACUCGCAGCUUAAUCAGGAUUUAGCAAUCCUGGUGGUAUGUUGUGCAAACCCUACUGAUCUGCUUCAGAAGGCAGUGACAAGGUGGUCGUCUCCCUGCAUGGCUCUUCAAUUGUGGCCUUUGUGCGACUCCAUGGUUGAAUGGAUCGUCACCCUUCCAGUCUCAUUUUCCGUAUAUAAAUAUCAGCUUUUGUCUUGGGCUCAUUUUUUUGUUAUUUUUCCCUUUCUUCUUCCCUGUGGCUUUCCCGGAGUUGGGUGCAUGGGUAUUGCUUCCGUUGUUCGGGUCUUGAAUGUGGGUCUCGGACUCUGCGUGCCGUGGUUUGUUGUAUAAUUUGUCCUUUCCUUUCAAAAAAAAAAAAUGAGAGUAACUAAUUCUUUUCCGGUCUUAUGGUGAGUGGGAUAACUAGAAGGAAUAUACGUACCUGAGUUGUUUCUACGAUAUUUCUUUUUUCUACCUGUGACUUUCUGGUCCUGUGUACAUCUGUA